CUAGCUAGUACACCCUCGCGGCCUCACCAACACCAACCAACCAACCAAUGCCAUCAUAUAUAUUAUACUGAAUUAUUGCUACUCUAUUGAACAUCUUUGACCAGCUAAGGAGAGUAAGCUAGAAAGAGAUCAGAGGCUAAUGUUGCUCUUGUCGUUGUUGCGGAGGUGGAGGUGGUGUUUGGUAUGUGUGAUAUUGAUAAUAGGAGGAGGCGGCCGCGGUAUGGCAGGGAAGCCUCAGCGGAUUCUGUUGGAUACAGACGUUGACACUGACGAUUUAUUUGCUCUUCUCUACCUAUUAAAGCUCAACACUUCACUCUUUCAAUUAGAGGGUGUGACAAUAAGUGCGAAUGCAUGGACGGACAGCGGGCACGCGGUGAAUCAGAUAUACGACUUGCUGUAUAUGAUGGGAAGGGAUGAGAUUGCGGUGGGAGUGGGUGGAGAAGGGGGAAUACUUGAAAACGGUACCGUUUUGGGAAACGUGGGUGAAUAUCUGCCAAUCAUACAACAGGCGAUCAGAACAGCAGGAGGCUGCAGAUACAGGCAGGCCAUUCCUGUUGGUCUUGGUGGCCGCUUAGAUGUCAAUUCAAAUUAUGGCAUCCGUAAAGCGUUCCUUCCUCAGGGAAGAAGGAAAUAUAGUCCUCUGAGACAGGCAAGCUCUCAGGAAGUGCUGAUUGACAAAAUAUCAAAGGGUCCAAUAACACUGCUUAUGAGUGGAACACACACAAACAUGGCCAUUUUCCUUAUGAGUAAUCCACACCUUAAGAAGAACAUAGAGCAUAUUUAUAUAAUGGGUGGAGGUGUAAGGUCAAGCAACCCAACUGGUUGCUGCCCCAAAAAUGCAACCUCUUCUUCCUGUGUGCCUAGGCAGUGUGGUGACCAUGGCAACAUGUUCACUGAUUAUAACACCAACCCUUUUGCAGAGUUCAAUAUUUUUGGAGACCCCUUUGCUGCAUAUCAGGUGAUUCAUUCUGGAAUUCCUAUCACCCUUGUACCACUUGAUGCAACAAACACAAUUCCCAUCAAUGAACAAUUCUUUGAUGCAUUUGAAAAGAGUCAAUACACAUAUGAGGCACAAUAUUGUUUCAAGUCCUUGAAAAUAACUCGUGAUACUUGGUUUGAUGACCAAUUCUAUUCGAGUUAUUUUAUGUGGGAUUCUUUCAUGGCUGGUAUAGCAAUCUCAAUCAUGAGUAAACCCAAUAACCAGAAUGGAGAAAAUGAAUUUGCUGAAAUGGAGUAUAUGAACAUAACUGUCAUUACUUCGAAUAAACCCUACGGUGUAUCUGAUGGAUCCAAUCCAUUCUUUGAUAAUCUUAAAGUUCCUAAGUUCAAUCUAGAGAAAGGUGGGGUGCAUAGUGGUCAUGUUCAACAAGGACUAAGAGAUCCUCUUUGCUUUGUCAAGAAUGGCAAAGGAAAAUGUCAGGAUGGUUACACAGCAGAGGUAAAUGUCCCAGACUCAGUGAGAGUACUUGUUGCCACAAAAGCGAAGCCUAACCGGGAUUUUGGGAGUUCACUUGACAGAGAAUAUUACAAAAACUUCUUGAAUGUUCUAAAACAACCACAGAAUUCUGGGAGGUUCAACUUCACUACACAGUUUCCUUACUACAAAGAAGAAACUUACAAGCCAAGUUUUCAUAAUAAAAGAUUAGGAAAACCUAUUGUGUUUGACAUGGACAUGAGUGCAGGAGAUUUUCUUGCUCUAUUUUACCUCCUGAAAGUGCCUGUUGAAGUCAUCAAUCUUAAGGCAAUCAUUGUGAGCCCAACAGGAUGGGCAAAUGCAGCAACAAUAGAUAUCAUAUAUGACAUCCUACACAUGAUGGGCCGCGACGACAUCCCAGUUGGUCUUGGAGAUGUUUUUGCAAUGAAUCAGACAGAUCCAAUCUUCCCAGCUGUUGGACAAUGCAAUUAUGUUAAGGCUAUUCCCCAUGGAAGUGGCGGCUUUCUAGACUCUGACACGCUCUAUGGCCUUGCUCGCCAUCUACCUCGCAGCCCAAGAAGGUAUACAGCAGAAAACUCUGUAAAGUUUGGGGCUCCUCGUGAUACUGAUCACCCUGAACUUAGACAAUCAUUAGCCAUGGAAGUUUGGGAUUCUAUAUUGCAAACUGAACCAAAUUCUAAGAUCACAGUAUUAACUAAUGGACCAUUGACUAAUUUGGCAAAGGUGGUAUCAUUCAAGAAUGUUAGCUCUAGAAUUGAGGAGGUUUAUGUAGUUGGGGGACAUAUCAGCAGCAAUGUCAAUGACAAAGGAAAUAUAUUUUCUGUUCCCUCAAACCAAUAUGCAGAAUUCAAUAUGUUCUUGGACCCUUUAGCUGCCAAGACAGUAUUUGAAUCACAACUUAGCAUCACACUCAUUCCACUCACUGUCCAGCGCAAUGUAAGUUCUUUCCCCGAUAUCAUAAGCCGGUUGCUUCGGACAAAAGGAACAAAAACCCCGGAGGCUAUGUUUUCUAAGCGCUUGCUGUCAAGGCUAUACCGUUUGAAGCAAGUUCAUGAAAGAUAUCAGCAUAUGGACACAUUCUUGGGGGAAAUUCUAGGUGCGGUUGUCAUGGCUGAUAACCAUUUAAGUCUUAAUCCGAAAUUUGAGGUGAAGCCAAUUAAAGUUUUGGCUGAUGGUGUGGAAUCCAGUGAUGGAAAAAUUGUAGUGGAUGAGGAACAUGGGAAAUUAGUGAGAAUUUUAAGGCAGGUGGAUGUGAAAGGUUAUCAUGAUUUGUAUGCAGAGAAGCUUAGUGAUCAUAAUCAGUCAGCUAAGGUAGCAAGCUUUGAAGAACAGAGGAGAAAAUGGAGUAAUCCUCAAGGUCAAAGCUAAGAGCAAUUCUUUGUGAUCAUUUUGCAAAUAAUAACCCAUCUUUUGUCAUAUAAUUUUAAAUUUAUAUGAUAUGGUAUUAGUUGUGUGGUUGAUAAUUCUUCAAUGCUUGAUAUUUCAUAUGCUAUUUGAA